AUGGACUUGCAAAGUCUUUUGCAAAUUCCAUCGACUGCAGAUAGUUUAAUGUACUAUUCCAGAAAAUUAAAUUUAUAUAAUUUGUCUGCUUAUGAGUUUAAACCCCCGCAGAAUAACGCUCACUGUAUGAUAUGGACGGAAAUAAACGGCAAAAGAGGCAGUAUCGAAAUAGUUUCUGCUAUUUACAUAUGGAUUAUGAAACUUCCCGAGGCUAUAACACAUGUAACUAUAUACUCCGACACAUGUUCAGGGCAAAACCGCAACCAAUACAUAGCAGCAUUUUUACUUCACUUGGUCCACACGCACAAAACGAUCAAAGUAAUAGAGCAAAAGUAUCUAGAAAGUGGUAAUAGCUUUAUGGAGGUAGAUUCAAUGCAUAGUGCUAUUGAAAAAGAAAAAAGGUUCACAGAAGCAUAUUCUAUAAUAGACUGGAAGAGAAUUAUGCAACGGGCGCGGUCUAACAGACAUAAUAAAAAUGUUACUCCGUAUAACGUAACUGAAUUCUUGUACCAAGACAUGAUUGAUGUAAAAGCACUUGCUUUGAUGAUAAUAAAAAAUAAAACUAUAGCGGAGGAUGGGGAGACAGUGCACUGGUUCGAAAAUAAAAUGUCUAUGAUU